AUGGCUCCAGUGGUCGCUUCGAGGGGCAACUCGCCGGCGGCACCGCAGCUCAGGUCCCUGGUGCCCGCGCUGCUGCUCCAUACAACGGCGUUCCUCUGGUUCUCACGCGUCUUGCUUUUCCAUGCGUCCCCUGCAGCGGCGCAGCUGCCUGGCUCCACGGGGUUUGGCUGGUUCAUGCGCUACCUGACUUUCUACACAUUCACCUUCCAGACGGCCGCACUCGGCCUCUCCGCGGCGGACGGCUGGCUGACGCUGCUUGGCCGCGGGGUGCCACUGGUGGCGCGCCUGGCGGACGACCUGUCCUGCACCCUCUUUGCGGGGUCCCACGUGGUCUCCAUUAUGUUCCACGCCAUCCAGGCCGCAACAGCCAACAAGGGCAUCUUCAGCGCGAUGGACGCCUACCGCCCCUGGUGGCUGAGCCCCAGCGUGCACGCGCUCAACGUGGUGGUGGCCUGGGCGGACAUGCUCAUCUCUGGGAAGCGCAGCUUCAGCCGGGUCAGCGAGCGCAUGUCCACCGCGCUCGUCCUGGGCUACAUCCUGCUGCUGAACCUGAGCGGCUACAUGAACGGGGAGUACCCCUACCCUUUCAUGAACAAGGCCAAGCAGCCCCACUGCACCAUCGUCACUGUCGCUGUCGGAGUCGUCAUAUUCGCCGCCUCCUUCAAGGCCGGAAAGGCGGCCGGCAACCGCGCACGCGCUGCCGUGGCAGGCCUCACACAGAGGGCCGUCCAGGCGCUGCAUGUGUGUGCCAAGGGGCUGUGA